AAAUGACCAAUUUGCCCUCAUAUUUAACGGAAAAUUAGAUGAAAUGUUGUGGAUUUAGACGGAGGGGGGAAAUUGGCCAAAAAAAAAGAGUUCAUAUCCUUAAUUUUCUAAAAAAAAGAAUAGGGAGUUAAUUGAAAAUUAGGUACAAGUUUAGGGGCAAAUCACUAGUAUACCCUUUCCCUGAACGUGUAUUUGUACAUAGAGCAACCCUGUACACACUCCCUUUACUAUUCCUUGCUGAGAGAACAGCCCCAAUCCUCAGUUCCCUCAACACCAUUGCGACGCUCAACAGCUCCGAUCCAGCGACGACAUCCGCUUGAAGAUAUUUCUUCGAGGUCAGCUCUGCUCGGGCUUUCCAAUUUUAUUUUCAGUUCAAGGUACCCGUUGGAGAUAUUGAAUUGCUUUCUGAGCAAACUAAGAGAUGGCGAGUGAGGAAGAGAGUGCGGUGAAGGAGCCGUUGGAUCUGAUACGGCUCAGCCUCGACGAGCGCAUCUACGUCAAGCUCCGCUCCGACCGUGAGCUCCGCGGUAAACUCCAUGCUUAUGAUCAACACUUGAAUAUGAUUCUUGGUGAUGUUGAAGAAAUUGUUACUUCUGUAGAAAUUGAUGAUGAAACUUAUGAAGAGAUUGUCCGGACGAAAAAACGGACUGUUCCCUUUCUCUUUGUCAGAGGAGACGGGGUCAUCCUUGUUUCACCUCCCUUAAGAACAGCUUGAUUUAGUUACUUCUAUUGGGAAAUCAAUUGUUGGACAUUUAACAAAUCUCACUCUCCGUUAUUCUACUUUUAAAUUUCUAAAUGAAUGAGAUUUUUUGAAUGGCAACUACGUAGGAUCAAAUUUCCAACU